AAGCAUUUCCGUCGCGUCUACACGUCGUGUCGGUGCCUGCUGAUAUCCCACGACUUGUCAAUGUUAGUUCACAUUUGAAUCAAUUAAUAUAUGAUGCCUGCCGUCGGCGAUCAACAUCGCCUUGGCCCGCCUGGUACUAUGGCUUCAGCUAUCACGGCAAACCCGUUUGAAGAACCGCAACGCCGGAUCAGCGAAUACACUGCGCAGGAAAUCGCUACCCUUCAAUCGCGCCUCGAUAAACAGCUAGGACCGGAAUAUAUUUCGUCAAGACCUGGUGCUGCAGGUCAGAAGGUCCACUAUCUUGCUGCGGAGAAGUGUAUCAAUCUCGCGAACGAAGUUUUCGGUUUUAAUGGCUGGUCCAGCGCUAUUCAGAACAUCCAGAUCGACUUUGUCGACGAAAAUCCACAAACGGGGAAAAUAAGUUUGGGUCUGUCCGUGAUAGUGAGAGUGACAUUGAAGGACGGGACAUUUCACGAGGAUAUUGGGUACGGGCACAUCGAGAACUGCAAAGGCAAAGCCGCAGCUUUCGAGAAAGCCAAGAAAGAAGGGACGACGGAUGCCCUUAAACGUUCACUGAGAACGUUUGGCAAUGUUUUGGGCAACUGCAUAUACGAUAAGGAAUAUCUGGCAAAAGUGACUAAAGUCAAAGCUGCACCUGCAAGAUGGGAUGUAAGCAAUCUGCAUCGCCACCCCGACUACGCCCCAGUAAAAAAGGAGCCAGUUGAAGACAAAAAGACUGACGAUAUCGACCUCCCUCCUCGACCCGCGCGGGCUACCAGUGCUAACACAAAAAGCAAUACGUUGGCUCUUGAUGGGGAUGGCGAAUUUGGCAGUGACCUUUUUGACGAGUCGGAUUUUGUAGCCACAACUGAGGGCAAUCCAGAUGAAGUGAUGUUGGAGCCCGAACCACCCAAACCACAACCACAAUCGAGACCGAACGUUACACCUGCACCUCAACGGCAGGGCAACUUCUCGCGUCCUCCUGUUCGAAUGCCAGACAUUGUUACCCCAUCUAAACCAGAGAGACUUCCAGAUGCAACUAUUCCCCGACAACCGCAUCAGAUGCCCUCCAACUUUCCAAACCCAGCACCACGACCAAACCCUUCUGUCACAAACCAGCAACAGACGAUGCAGAGAAGACCCACACCGGGUCCAGCCCCGGCCCCGGCCCAGCAGCCGCAACAAUAUGCCCGGCCAGGAGUGCAACCUCCAUCGAAAUAUAGUCAAGAAGCAACAACAAGUGCCACUGGUGGACCGGGGCCUAUGAAUGGGAGACCUCAAGGUAAUAAUACGCAGGAUACAGAGCCAUCUGGCAGUCCCUCUGUCUCUGGAAAUCAGCGACCAGGAGACCCACCCAGCGUCUUCUACUCUGCUCGAGCAGUUGAUAUGUUACGAAAUAACAAUGCUCCUCCAUCAAGUGUGCCGCAGUUCGACCCCCGUGCGGAGAGCCCCUCAAUUCGCAAGACUGCUGGUGUGGACCAUAACAAGAGCCUCCCAAUAUCAAAACCCAUGCUUGCGCAGCAAGGCAUUACUCCCACGGAUAAUACGCGGGACUUUGUCAAUCCUUCUGCUGAUCUGAAUCGGAGGAUAGGAGCACCUGGCAGCACUGGUAUUGGCAGUCCGGUGUCUAGAGGUCCGAGUACAUCCUCGUAUCGGCCACUGACACGCCCAACUGUGGACCCUAGGAACGCUGGAGUCAACAUAGGCCCGAUCAAAGGUCCCUCUGUCCCUCAGAACAUGAAUGGCAAGCGACCUCCGUUGAAUGACGUUACGAAUGCUGCUCCUGGUGCCGGCCCCGGUGUUGCGACAUCGGUUUCCGGUCCUAGUGAUCCCAAGAGACCGAGGAUCGCGGACGCUCAGAAUGUCUCUGUAGCGCAGCAGCAGCAACAGAAUUAAUCCUCAGUGACGAACAUAUGAAGGAUCUAUAUUGCACGUGACGUUCAUAUUUCUUGGGGGGCUUUGUUAGGCUUCGAUUGAUAUAAUUUCGAGGAAUGGCGUACGGGAGGGCCAGGGAUCGGAUCAUUCUUCAAGGCGUCUCGCUCACCCUUGCUCCCUUGGGUGUUUGAUUUCGC